GAUGAUGCUGCUGCCGGUGGACUGAGAGGGGGGAAGGGCCUCCGCUGGUUGGAUCCGAGAACAGACAAACUUACGUAGUCUUGGCUCACCGCUGCCUGCCUCUCUCUAUGGACGGCUGGAGGGGAGAGGGGGGAAUUGCUGGGAUUGUAGCUGUUGUCGUCGGCUUCGUGGUGCCUUCAGAGGGCCUGGUGAUGAUUUAAUUCACGGAAAACCCGGGUCCGCGGAGUGGAAAAGGAGCAGGAGAAAGAAGGACGAGGGGAGUCGGGCUAGAGGAGAAAGGAGGAGCAGCCGUUAGAGAUGUGCGGUCGGGCCGAGAUUGCUGCGGUAACCCUGUCUAGGCCUGGACCGAGCAGAUUGUUCUGAGAGGAAACGGAUAACAAACGGGGGAAGUGAACAUGGCUGGGACCUCUGGCUUCUUGUCCAACGGACCUGUUCCGUGGAUGGACGACACGGAGAUGAACAACCUGUACCGAGACCUGGAGCUGGGCACAGUAAUGACUCUGUUUUACUCCAAGAAGUCCCAGAGGCCGGAGAGACGGACUUUUCAAGUAAAACUGGAGACGCGGACUAUUAUCUGGACGCGAAGCACUGACAAAAUUGAAGGAGAGAUUGACAUUCGAGAGAUCAAAGAGAUCCGUCCUGGUCAGAAGUCCCGGGACUUUGAGCGCUAUGUCGAGGACUCAGCAGUACGACUUGACAACUUCUGCUUCGUUAUUCUCUAUGGCACGGAGUUUCGCCUUAAAUCCCUCAGCUUGGCAGCAACAUCUGAUGAGGAGAUGUCUAUGUGGGUGAAGGGGUUAAAGUGGCUCAGGGACGAUACAUUGAAAUCACCAACACCAUUACAAAUAGAAAGGUGGUUACGCAAGCAGUUCUAUGCUGCUGAUCGCAACAGAGAGGACAGGAUAUCCUAUAAGGAUCUGAAGAACAUGCUGAGCCAGGUCAACUACAAGGUGCCAAACAUGAGGUUCAUUAAAGACAAACUUCCGGACUCUGAAACCAGGAAUGGAGACGUGACCUUCAGCCAGUUCGCCCAGCUUUAUCGUAACCUCAUGUUCGAUGCGCAGAAAAACGUGGAGAUCCCUUUUAUGCAAAGGUUCAUGGGUAACAUAGUUGAUGAAAGGAUCACCCUGGAGGAUUUCCAGAGCUUCCUCGUAGAAUGCCAGAAGGAACUGUGGGCCUCGGACAACAACAAGGUUCAAGAGUUUAUGUUCAGCUACCUGAAAGACCCCCUAAGGGAAGUGGAGGAUCCAUAUUUCCAUCCAGAGGAGUUCCUCACGUACCUCUUCUCCAAAGAGAACACCAUCUGGGAUUCCUCCCUGGACAUGGUGUGUGCCGAAAACAUGAACAACCCCUUGUCCCACUACUGGAUCUCCUCUUCGCACAACACCUACCUGACGGGAGACCAGUUUGCCAGCGAGUCGUCGUUGGAGGCGUACGCCCGCUGUUUGAGAAUGGGAUGUCGCUGCAUUGAAUUGGAUUGCUGGGACGGUCCCGACUCGAUGCCGGUUAUUUAUCACGGACACACCCUCACGACGAAAAUCAAGUUCAACGAUGUUCUGAACACCAUCAAAGACCACGCUUUUGUCACAUCCGAGUAUCCCAUCAUCCUGUCCAUCGAGGAUCACUGUAGCAUUGUUCAGCAGAGGAAUAUGGCCACCCAGUUCAAGAAAGUGUUUGGAGACAUGCUGCUGACCAAAGCAGUAGAUAUGGCUGCAGACGGCCUGCCUUCACCCAACCAGCUCAAAAAGAAGAUUCUCAUUAAGCAUAAGAAGCUGGCAGAGGGCAGCGCCUACGAGGAGGUGCCGACAGCCACACCUUAUUCUGAGAAUGAUAUCAGCAACUCCAUCAAAAACGGCAUCCUUUACCUGGAAGAUCCCAUUAACCAUGAGUGGUACCCUCAUUUCUUUGUCCUGACUCACAAUAAGAUCUACUAUUCAGAGGAGACCACCAAUAACCUGGGUAAUGAUGAGGAUGAGGAGCUCAAAGAGGUGCUCAAUACUAUGGACCAGCAUGUGACGGAGAAAUGGUUUCACGGAAAGCUUGGCGCUGGGCGGGACGGUCGGCAGAUCGCCGAGAGGCUCCUGUCAGAUUACUGCCAAGAGACCGGAGCUCCUGACGGCUCCUUCCUGGUCCGGGAGAGCGAAACCUUUGUAGGAGACUACACACUGUCGUUCUGGUAA